ACAUCUUUCACAUACAAACAUGUUUAGGCUUGCUCUAAUUCCACAAGCGAUUGCUCUAUGUUUCUUUUUUCAUGCUCUUCAAAUAAGUGGUGUUCGGUUGUUUACUGCUAUUCAAGAGGAAAAUAAUUCACCACCAGAAGAUUUCCUCCAUGGUUCAGCCAAACGAAUUCUCACAAGUUUGAAGUCAAACUCCAUUGAAGCAACAACUUUUGGACAAGAAUCUAGUUCACAAGAUGAAGCAUAUACUGCAGGAUACUAUACAUCAUCUAGAGGUCCUGAGGCCAGCUACUAUGGCUUACAUGCCACCAUGGAUGUGUAUGGCCACGAAUUAAAACAUGGUCAGUGGAGUUCGACUACAUUUUGGGUUUCUCAUUACGGAGAUAGUAAUAAAUCAAGCUAUAAUGAGAUUCAAGUUGGCUGGCAUAUUCGUCCAGAACGCUAUGGUGACUCACACCCUCACUUCUAUACCUUAUGGACGAGAGAUGGGUUUGAAACCGGCUGCUACAACAUGGACUGCCCUGGUUUUGUACGUGUAAAUGACGCUGUUAUAGCUCCAGGUGAUGCUAUACAUCCGGUUUCUCAUGUUCCUGGACCUAUUCAAAAUAUCACUCUCAGAGUGCUUAAGGACAAGACAAGUGGUGACUGGUGGGUCUAUUACGGCUUCAACAACAUCCCCACAGGGGUGGGAUAUUUUCCAAAGUCCAUAUUCAGCUACUUAGCACAAAAGGCAAAUGUAAUGUCUUUUGGUGGAUUUGUUAAAUCUACAAAAGCACUUCCAACUCCUCCAAUGGGCAGCGGCGCCUUCCCAAAUGGUGGCAAGGGUCGCGCCGCAUCAUUCACUGACCUUCGAUUCAUCAACCAGGAUGGGAAUAGCAGCCCAAUCACGGGAAACCUAACCCCAUUAGUCACUGAUGGCAAAUGCCACUCUAUUACUCCUAUUGAUCAUGCUCGAUGUUUCUAUGGCGGGCCAGGAGGUUGCGUGAGAUAAGUUGUGAUACUUUGAUUUUGGUCUCGCUUUAGUGUUAGUUGCCAAAUAAAAUCACAUGGAUGGCAGCAAAUUAUGAAUGGAAUAUUCACAUGUUUACAUUAAGCUA